UAAAGAGUAGAGCCUCAAAACAUAUCAGUUAGGUGCUCGUGAGAAGAAAAAGAUGGCUUCCAGUACCCAAACAGCGGCCAAAAUUCCAGUAGUAGAUUUUUCCCAAGAGGACUGCUGGAAGUCAGGGACAAGUUCUUGGCUCUCAGUACGCAGAGACAUUUGUAAUGCUCUCGAAGAGUUUGGCUGUUUCCUGGCAGUCCUUCCCAACAAAGUUUCCCGGGAGCUUAAUGACACCAUGUUUGGGACAUUCAACGAGUUGUUUGAUUUCCCCGACGAAAUUAAAGCGCAAUUUCCUCAGGAAAAACCUCUAGUUGAGGGUUACGUAAGGCUGCCUACCCGUGAAUACAUGUCAUUUCAUUCAAGUACUGAUAAAAUAAAGAACGUCACACGUCAACUUUGGCCGGAAGGAAAUGACCAGUUUCGUGAGAGUGCUGAUCUGUAUUCAAAAGUGAUGACAGAAUUAAAUCAAGUUGUGACGAAAAUGGUAUUUGAAAACUACAAGGUAGAGAAAUACCAUGAUGAUCACAUUCAAUCGACCAUGCCCAUUACCGUACUUGUAAAAGAUGAUGAACCCAAGACAGAUGAAACUGAAACUGUUGAACACAAUCAUACAGACAAGUGUUUUACUGGCAUACUCCAUCAAGAUACGUAUGGUGUUGAGCUACGCUCAAAAGAUAACGAGUGGAUUGGUUAUGAUCCUCUGCCUUCAUCGUUAUUAUUCCUAGCGGGUGAUGGACUUCAGGUUUGGAGUAACGACAGAAUAAAAUCUUGUAUGCACAGAGUCGUUUUGAAGGAAAAUAAGGUAAGAUACUCGUUCGGACAAUUCUUUUGGAACAAAGGAGUGAUAUAUGUACCAAAUGAGCUUACGGACAAGGACUACCCCAUGCAGUAUAAGCCAAUAGACCUAGUGGAAUAUUUUCAAUAUUAUUAUGAAAAUAUGUCCACUGUGGGAUUUGAUUUUUCCGUCAAGGAAUAUUGUGGGGUUUGAUUUUGUUGGUCCAAGGCACAAGGUAGGGUUUCUUCUCACCAAAAUCAUGAUGCCACAAGCAUGAGUUUGAAAGGGGGUGUUGGAAAAUAAUAACGGAAAAAUUCUCGUACUUAGGUUCACUUGCUCUUGUGGGUUUAGUCUUUACUUAUUCAAUAAGGCGUGUAUCUUGUUCUCUAUAAAUACGGAUACGAAGUUUAUUGGAGUUGAACCGAGGUUCACUUGUUCUUGUGAGUUUAACAUUUGCUUAUUCAAUAAGACGUGUAUCAUGUUCUUUAUAAAUACUUCAUACGAAGUUUAUUGGAGUUGAACUGAGGUUGUAUUCGUGUUAAGUAAUUAUACUUCGGUAUAUAUGCAUGACUCUUGCUAU